GCUCUCUCUCUCUCUCUCUCUCUGUCUCAUCCAAAAUUGUUAACUUUAAGGUUCCCCAUUGGUGAGUUCGUCUGCAAAGGAUUUCAUCGGUUGAAUUCCUUGGUAUUCUCACUGUAAAGUACGGGUUUUUUCUUCUUUUUCCUUUUGAAUCUUCAUUGGAACAUUUUUGGGAUUGUGAAGACAAUGGGAAGACGAUCCGGGCAACAACUGAAUCAAGGCACGUUAUAGACGAAAUUCGGUGCAAUGGGCCUGUCUAUGUUCUUCGUGAUCUGCAUUCUCCACUCGGCGAUCGCCAUAACAAGUGGAUCCUUGAUAAUGUUCUACCUCGACGAGAUCAGUGUAUUCGGCCACGGUGUCGAAACGGCUCAAAAGCUUUCGGGUUCAACCCCACAUGAUCAACUGUUGAUUCAGACAUCCAAUUCUUUCGUCGGUUUGCUUCUCUUCGUAGUCGGGUUCUUGUUGUUCAUGGUAGCCUUCAUCGACGACAAACAGUUCCAGAGCUUUUUCGCCAAAGGAUGUGUGCUCCUCCACUUAUCGAUGGCUCUUUGGAGGGUUAGUUUUGAGAGGAGGUUGGAGGAUCUGGCUUGGGAUUGGCCCAGACAACUGGUUGGCGAUUUCCUGCUGGCUCUUUCUUGGAUCUUCUUUUUACUCUAUACUUGGAAAGAGAAGUAUGAUUAGCACCAUCAUUUACUCUGAAUCUCUGCAUUUACCCUGAA